CUGCCUUCGCAACAGCCUGUGCUUCGAAUUUCCUGUUUCCUUCAUUGCUGAUGUUGCAGAUAAUCCAGAGGUCUCUUUAAACACUUUAGAAGGAGCCCAUUUAAAUUGUGGGUGUUGAAGACUUAAAAGUUGAUUUGGAGUUAAUUUCAUGUGCUUAUAUUCUUUUUAUUUUGGAAUUUUUUCCUUAUAAAAUAUCAUUUUGGUCUACCAAUGAUGACAGCCUUUUGGACAGCUCUAUUUAUUUUUUUUCCUUUGAGUUUUUCAUUGAUGGACCUCAGCAAAGCUACAGGUCCUAAAAUCAGUAAAUGCAGAAUUUCUGGUGUUCUUUUUCUGGAACCAAUCCCAGCAGUGAAUUAUUCAAGUGCUGAUGCAGCUUGUAAAACCCUGGGCCUCGUCAUAGCCUCGCAAGAUGAUGUUCUGAAAGCUCUGAAUCACGGUCUGGAAACAUGCAAAUUUGGUUGGAGUGAAGAGAAAGUUUUGCUGCUUCCACGAAUCCAUGCUCAUCCCUCCUGUGGCAAAAAUGGAACUGGAAUAGUCAAGUGGCGUAAUUUUCUAAAUACAACAUUCAAUGUGUUUUGCUUCAAUAUAUCUGAUACAAAGACUAACUCCUGUGACACCACCAUCCAUAGCACACCAGCCCCAACAUCAUUAACAUCAAAAAUGAUCAUGACUACAAGCACGACUCUGACCGUCGGUAGCGUCAUGUCAACUACAUCUCUGGUGUCAACAGUUAGAAGCUCAUCAUCUUCCACAUCCACAUUCAGCAGUUCAUACCAAAGAAAGGCAUUGCUGCCAGCCCAUGAAGAGGAGCCUAAGCAUAGAGGUUUAACCCUGGCAUUAUUCCUUGUUCUUGGUAUACUGCUGUUAUUUGGUAUAAUUCUUGCAUAUUGCUUUAGAAGAAGGUGCAAAAAAAUUGUUACAAAACCUGAAGACCAAAAAAAUGAAGCAAUAGAAACGAAGGUUCUGAAUUGUAACUUGGCUGAGAACGGUGAAGGGCAAAAUGGAAAACAAGAAGAAAGGCCACAAGAAAAUACCGAGAGCACAGAGUGACAUACAAAAGCCAACUCCUGAUGAGAGAAAUCCAGUAAAAUAUUAAAUUUCAGUAACAAAAUGCACAUGUUGUGUGUGUCUCAGUGUAAUAACAAUAAUAAUGUUUUUUGUUUGACAGCAAUUUUGUACAAUUUGAAGAAAAAUCUAUUGUGUAACCAUAUAUUAGUGCAAUAAAAUAUGAUGGAACUACAUAUAAUUGCUGGAAA